AUGGGCAAGUGCAUCACGGUUGUCAAAUUGGUUGGCUUUUCCUCUUUGGGAAUGUUGACUGCGUCAUUGACCUACCAGUCUCUUCAAUCGAUUCCCGAGUUGAUCCGCCGCUUGAACAACCAGGUUUCCAUCACCAGUGCAAAGGGCGUGUUGGACUCAAUUUUUACUAACCUGUUGGUUUCCAAGGCUGCAAAUGUCUCCUUGGCGGGUAUUGCGACCGCGCUUUUCACCAUGGCUUUCAAGUACUCGCCACCGCUGGGAAGACAUCCGUACCUCGUGUAUUCGGCCCUCGGCGCGCCUUUAGCUCUUGCCGCAUGGGCCAUUCGAGGCGCUCGCGCAGAGUGUAACAUGCUCAAGCGCACCCGUUCGCGUGCACAGGCUCAGGCUCAGGCACAAACGAUGCGCGAAGGCAAGAAGACACCCGUGCCUCCCGCUCAAGAGGACGAAGAAGAUGCUUCAGCAUUGGGCCGUUCUUAUGUGCACGUUUCGGACGACUCUACUGCCGCGUCUACUCCCGCCUCCUCCACGCCCGGUUCGCCUCAGCACGCGCCUGCAGAGGUGUUGUCCAUUGAGCAAGAGGUUGAAGACGCCAUUUUGAAGAAGGCCUACGUCCACGACUUGCAAACGUUGCAGCAGUCGUACUUCAUGGCGUCAGCAGUUUCAGGCGUGGGCUUGGCUGUGUGCGCUGUAGGUAUGAUUGGCGACCUUUUCUUCCUCUAG